AUGUCUACAAAACCUAUUCGUGUGUGGCUUGCGCCACCGGGGCCUAAUCCCUGGAAAGUGAUUCUUAUCCUAGAGGAAUUACAAAUUCCCUACGAGAUCAAGUCCAUCCCAUUCCAGGAUAUCAAAGCCAAGCCUUUCAUCGACCUCAACCCUAACGGUCGAGUUCCUGCCAUCGAAGACCCCAACACCGACCUAGUGCUGUGGGAGACCGGGGCUAUAAUCUUGUACAUCGUCGAACAGUAUGAUGUAGGGAAGAAGCUUACAUAUGGGACUGUGCAAGAGAAGAGCCACGUCCAACAGUGGUUAAUGUUCCAGGUCAGCGGUCAGGGACCGUACUAUGGACAAGCUAGCUGGUUUCACGUGCUUCACAGCGAGAAGCUUCCGUCAGCUAUCAAUCGCUACGUUGAGGAGGCAAAACGUAUCUGCGGUGUGCUUGAGCAGAGCCUGACAGACAGAGAAUGGCUCGUGGGAGACAAGAUGACCAUUGCAGACCUUGCGUUUGUACCCUGGAACGAUCGACUGGAUGUCGUUUUGAUGUGCCCGAUAGAAUCCAAAUUCGACAGCUUCCCCCGAGUUAAGGAUUGGCAUGAGAGAAUGAUCGCUCGGCCGUCCUGGAAGAAGGCUAUGGACAUUAGAACCAAACUCAUGGACGAACAGGGCCUGAUGUGGAACGGAAUGCCCGAAGACAUUGCCAACAUGGAGGAAUACCAGGCCAAGAUCAAAGGAGAGAAAGACGCGAAAGCAGAAGCAAAGGCAUCUACAUAA